CCCAGAUGUUCGUCAGGAGACGCACAGUCAGAAACAAACGCUGCCGACGAGGGGUGAAGCAACAUCACACAAGCCAAAAAUGUCAGUCAACUCUUCUUCUGACAGAAUGCACUGCCAGGACCCCGACCUUUCAUCGACCCUCUCCCUGUCCUACUCUAUCGGCAACAUCCUCCUCAUCACCCCCGCUUCCAUCUUUGUUCUCCACCUGGGUCAGCGGCGAUGGCGACAGCAGCGCUCCUGCACAACAACAAGCCACUCCGACGUCUUCACCUACCACUCGGUUGUCCUCAACCUGAUCUACGGUUUGGGAGCUCUCUUGUUCAACUGUGGCGCAUACAUUAAUGAUCAAAAGAUUUACCUUUUAGGGUCAUAUUUGGCUGCUCCCUAUUUUCCUGGACUGACGUUGUUUCAAGUGCUGACAUGCGUGGAGCGUUAUCUGGCUGUGGUUCACCCCAUCACCUACUUGGGGCUGAGACAGUCAGGGGGCGUCAGGAUCAGAAACGUUAGCAUUGCAUUUGGGUGGCUGUGGAUUUCUGCCUGGGUCGGGAUAUUCCAUCUGUACUACCCAAAAAUUCCCCAUGUCCCGUAUUUCGUCGUGCUAGCAACGUCCUUGGUCGGCAUCUCUUUCUGCAGCAUUUCUGUCCUCUGUGUUCUGAUUCAUCCAGGGCCGGGGGACGUGGGCGGGAACAGUCCGCGUGUUGACCGAUCAAAGAGGAACGCUUUCAACACAAUGACGGCCAUUCUGGCAGUGCUCUGUUUGUUUUUUGUCAGUUUUAUUGUCGCUCUGGCUGUGGAGAACUCGCAGGUGCUGAGUUAUAAUGUUGGCUGUGCGGUGUUGAUUGCUGCUCUCUGGUUCAGUUUGCCCGUCAGCCUGGUUUUGCCUAUGCUGUUCAUACACAGAUCAGGAAAACUGCUCUGUUGGCCUUGCUAAUUU